UCGGGUGCUCAGUCCUCUCUCACUCUCUCCCGCCUUCCAUUUUCACAAACAUUGUUUUCCGACCAUCGCCAGCGUCGUGAGAAAAAAGUUACUUGCGAGUUUGGAGAAGCCCACUGGGGUCGUGGUGCCUCCAGUGCGGGAGGCUGUGGUAGGUAGUCUGUGGUGUACUUACAACACAAACACACACAACCGCCGAAACACCUCCACAGCUGACUCUCGAAAACAAACUUAUCAGCACCGUUAAACCGAUUUCCUGCCAGACUGAACUCUUCUUAAAUAUCUUCAACGGAAGAGGGAAAGUAUUCACACCACAGAGUAUUUUCAGGUAAUAAAAAGGUGUUCUCUUGUCUGUGUGUGAAAAGAUGUGACAGCUGUCUUCUUCUGGUGAGAGACUUUCAAGAAAGAUUUGUGACAAAGUUUUAUAAUUGUUGACGACUUUACAGGUAGGUGUGAUGCAAGCGGUUUCCCAGAUAAACCUGUUGAACCUUCCACUAAAAGGCUUAGUGGUGAUAGUGGUGAUACUUAGUGGUGAUACUUAGUGGUGAUACUUAGUGGUGCUUAGUGUGACUAUGAAGUUCAAUGGUGAGUACUGUGCUUACUUUUGGCUGUGAAAACAGAUGACAACACAUUUAUUGAGACUUCGUCUGACCAAACACAACCCACUACAGCUUGAGUGGUGUGGAUAUUUCUGACCUGAACAGUGACGUGGCAGUCCUGAGUCGUGAUUACAGUCAAACAGCUGUGUAGGCAGAGGUACAGAAAGUGAGAGAAACAUGUCCAGUCUGGAAUUUAAUCGCCGUUUGUUUGUACAAAGCCUUGCUAUGUUGCCUGCAACACACUGUAGCUGGCCAGCGACGGGGGAACUCGGUUCACCCAAGCCAUACAACCAUUAGGAGUGGAACCACAGCUGUGACAGCUGCUCAGUGUGACAGCUCCCGACAGUCGCCGUUACCCAGGAUACUCCUGUGGGUCCCAACGAGAAGAUUUGGAAAGAGCAGCGAGCACGGACUGUGCUACGUCACUAGAGACAGGCUGAGUAGCACCUACAUGACUACAGAGGUCGCUACAACCAGUCUGUCUGAGCAGCUACAGGAGUUCUGGUCACUAGCGACAGCAGCUACAUCAAUGCGUGUUGUCAUUGGUGACAGUCUCAAUGAGCAGCUGCUGGACUGCAUGUCGUCACCAGUGAGUCUCAAUGAGCAGCUGCUGGACUGCGUGUCGUCACCAGCGACAGUGUAGAUGAGCAGCACUCAGCUGGCGACUUCACCAGACGCGUCUGCCUCCAGCAUCAAGAAAAUGAAGGAGAAAGACCGCCGACUGCAUUCGUACCUGGAUUUGAACCCCGUGGCUCUGGAAACCUGGUAACAUCAUGUUCAGUGUUCAUUUCUCCACCUCGACGAGUGUGUGGCGAGCUUGGAUAUACUGCUUCCUGUCCCAUAUCAUAAUGGACCACUUGCUGACAGGCGUGACACCAGCUUCCCUUACCGAUGAUCUUCCACCUCCCAAGUUUCUUGCUGGAGCUGAAAACAUCACGGUGCGAGAAGGGGACACCGCCGUGUUGCCGUGUGCAGUCAGACAUCUGGGAACCAAACAGGUGUCAUGGCGACGGAUCGACGAUGAUGACUUCUUGACCAUCGGGUCCAUGACUUGGGUGGACGACGAGAAGAUCGCUGUGGACCACACGAGGAAGGCGCAGGACGUGACCAUCUGGGACCUGGUCAUUGACAAAGUGGGGCCCGAGCAUGCUGGGAUAUAUGAAUGUCAGGUGUCUUCUAGUCUGGGACACAACAAGCGCGUGAAGCUGAAUGUCAUAGGUCCUCCUAUUGAGGAAGCAGGGUCGGGGCUGGUGGUGCAGGCUACAGAGGGGCUGCCCUUAUUCAAUAACCCUGUCACGCGCUGCGGGCUGACCAGUCCCCACGGCUGCAGGAUAGUGUUAUUCUCCUUAACGGGCAAGCGCUACGUGGACUUAGGAGAGGCGAUCCACUUGGUGUGUAAUGUCACUGGUGGGACCCGCAUCCCUGAAGACAUCGACUGGUUCAAAGACGGUGAUCUGAUCGAUCCCUACAAGCACCAGAGGAUGCAGAUUGUCAAGAACCAGUCCAUUCGCGAUCGCGCCUUCGUCAGCGAGCUGCUCAUCAGUCGCGCCACCUUGCGGGACGCAGGCGAGUACGUGUGUCGCAGCUCGCGCAACAACAUCGUCAACAUGAAGAUCACCGUGCUGAGAGCCAACUCAGACAACAAACGACGAGGUACGGGCAGUGUUCCAGAUGACUACAGCACGUCAGCUGCAACUGUCGCCUGCCUGAUGUGGCUUGUACAGACAGGCCCUUUGCUGGUGGCUUUGUGGAGGAUAUACUCAUGAUGCACUUGAUGGUUUGACCCUCUCAUUAGGAUCUGACUAAGUGGAUUUUAUCCAUUUCGCCGGCUGAAGGAUACAGCAGUCCGACGGUGCCUUACCGACAUCAUUGAAACAAAAACCAUUUUCUGGAAGCAAGGGCGACUCUCAUGGCAAGGCACACAUGAUACAUUUGUCUCUAAAUUUGUGAACUCUGUUCAAAAACAUGUGUGAUAUCUGGAGUAUAAAAAUAGCGGCAUCUGGAUGAUCAAGCAGGUUAUUAAAAAUGAAAACAUUUGCACUUUAUGACAUUUAAUGUGAUGAGCUACAAUAGUGUCAGGUGUGACUUGCACUCUUCCUCAGAAUCAGUUUACCUUUUGUCUACAUUGCCCUUACUCUGGUGGCUACGGAAUGUCUUCGUUUGUCUCCUUUGUGCCUAUCAAUCUUCUUUGAAAUCAAGGAGGAUUAAAAGACAGGUUUUAAUUUGUAUUCGUGAUGUUUCGAGAAUUAAAACUAAAAAAAAAAAACUUCCUGCUGCUCUGUUAUUGAAGACAAAUAUCUCUGGUGCAAGUGAAAAAUGUAAUCUCUUAGAGGAUACAGUGACCCAGUGUGUUUUCCAUUUUAAGAAAAGGAUUUAUGACUUACCUUCAAGACGUCACGUGGUUACUGAAUUCGGGUAGCACGCAGGUGCGGGACAGACAUACUUGUAUAUAUUUGAGUAUAAAAUACUUUGAGAAUUGUUUGGUUUUGUACAAACUGUAAAACCUGUACUAACUCUACGAUAACAUCUAGAAAAAAAUGGCAUUACAGAUAUUCAGUUUACUCCCUCGUCAACAUUGUUUUUUGGAAGUGUGAUACUAGGUCGGCCUCGAGAGAUAACCUCGACAACAAACGCUAUGACAAUUCAUGCGUUUCGCAUUCGUGUGGGAAUUUGAUUGUGAAAUCCCUCUGACAUCCGUAUCAAGACCUUUCUCAGCCUUGAUGAAGUCAGCUGAUUGCAAUUUGGAAUUUAGGAAACAAAAUGUAGCCCCAUGUUCUCCUGACUUCAGCAAUCGAUAUUGACAUUCGAUUGAAACGUCUCAGGCGACGAAGACCGUUUCUUUCUGAAUUAUUCAUUUUCUCCAUUACAAGUCCUGACAACGGAUGUAUUCAUUCAUGACAAUAGUAAUCCCUGUCCUGCCAUAGAUGGAUCUUCAGAGACAUCUUCAGCUUCAAAGCCAUGAUUGGACGCUGCCACGAAGUCCAAAGUAAGAUCAACACUGAAACACAGUGACUGUGUCUAAGAUACUGUCACACGUGGACACACUUCUCCAUGGAUGACCUCCAGCACUUCAUCCACUCACUUCCCUGCCACCCAUGGAGGAACCCAGAAUCUUUGGGCAACUGGCCAGUCUCCAUGUAUUUAUUAUUGUGCUGCAGACAUCACAGGUGGUGAAGGAUGAUGUGCUAAUACUUACGACGACCAGCACAUUAUGAUGAAAUCAAUUAGUAUUUAUUUGUGACACUUGAUAAUCUACUGGAAACAUAUUUUAAAACCUAACGACUGGGGUGGCGUGUGAAAAUCUUUAUUCUCGACUUCAGUGCAAACGUUUGAAUAGAGUUACAAAUUUGAAUAUUUAUUUUUCAUCAAAUCAAUUUUUAAUCUGUGGUAAACUAUUGAAUAACAUCAGUCAUCAUGACCUGAGGGAAUAUUUUACUGUUUACAGCUUUUGAUGUCUGGAAAGUGGUAAACAAGGUGUUCCCAUUGCUGAAACCACACCUCGUCAUGGACUGACCGUUGAACAGCUUGUGACAUGCAAACACUGUGUUCUCAUUGUCAAAGUUGUACACAGACUGCAUUUUUACUUGUAUAUCACGGUGUAUUAGUGUAAAGCACUUAUCCUCCAUGUGUUACUGAUUCAGUGAGCAUUGUUCCAGACAAAGACUGUGUGUUGAUGUUGUCGUGUUGUGAGGUGGCUCAGAUAAUCGUCUUUCUGACUCACUCAGAAUUUGUAGAAAUAUCAGUGAAAACCUGAGAGAGUGUUAGAAGAGUGUGGCAUGCUGGAACAUGUACAAUAUCCUGAUAAUAUUGAUGUGGUUAUUGUGUUUCCUCUGUGUCUCCACAGUAGGAUACGCCUUGUACUUCACACUUUGCUUCCAACUUCAUAUGUAAGACGGUGAUCCUCUCUCUCACACACACACACUAUCUCCAACAUUUCUUAAACCUCUGCUGCUACUCCUAUACCAAAUACCACUUACAAAAGACUUGUCAUGAUCUAUUAUCAUGCAAUUCUCGAGUGCGAUGAUAGGUAGAUAAGCAAUACUAAUUACAGAUACACUUUCUGAGACACAUUACAUGAUUGUAGUCGUGUUAUGGCUUCCGUCACAAGAUGACUAUCCCCACACCCGCCGGCACUGACCAACUUGUCUAUGGGGUCUGUUCCAGCACCUCAGCGGACUGUUCCUUUCUCGGUUUUCAUUAAGAGCUCCAUGUGUCUGCACGUACUGGGGUGGAGAUCGAAGCAGACAAUUUCAUUUGUUUUCAGCCUGCAAUUUGAGCGAGUGACCAGUUGCCGGUCGGCCAUGUUUCUGUCCGGCGCAGACCCUGCCUCCGGCUGAUGCCGCCGUGAGCUGGCAUGUAUAAAUCAGUCUGGCUUCGACCCGUCAGUCAGUAAUGGCAAAUCAACUUUUCUCUUACUUUCUCCAGAAAGUGCUCAACGAAAUGCGUUGUAUAUUGUCUCAGGUUCAUUUCUCACAAAGCACUUACAUGUGCAAGGAAGAGUUUAGUUUGGGUACCUUCACCAGAGGGUCGGGACAGGGAGAGUUUCACUCCCUCCUUGUGUUUACUUUGCGGGAAAAAGUCAGGAGGCAGUGAAGUUCUUAGGAGUUGUGAUGCUUCGCGACAGUUAUCAUUAUCAACAAUUACUAAGAAAGUCAUCGCUGGCAACCUUUAUCUUUUGACUGGUUCUCUGGAAAGUUGUCGUCUGAAAAGAUUUUUAAUUUUGAGUAGGUUUAUAUCCCCUUAAUUCACGAGGUUUACAGAGAGGGUGCGUUUGAAAGGGUUUGAAUGCACAUAGAAUAGUUUUAAUAUUAUUCUGAUGAGAAUACAUUUUGCAAUGUCAAGCAAUCAGAAUAAAUCCACUCAAGUAUAUUUGUAUUAAUUUUAAUCUCUAUAAUUCCUCUCAAUGACCAUGUGUAUAGAAGCCAAAAGUAUAAAUCUAAGAUAAACAUGCUCAUAAAAAAUACAUAACUCUUGAUCACAUGUACAGUUUGUUUACAUAUCUGACAUACAUGGUUCAAUCUAUUUGUUUGUUCAAAUUAAAAAAAUUAUUUCCUUAUCUACAUAUGUUUGUCCUAUGGACAUGAUCAGCUUUUAUUUAUUAUUUAAAUUAGUUACUGGAAAAUAGCUUGAUUAUUAUAAACACUUUGCUGAAGAGUUAAUUUACAGAAAAUAUCUAUAGCAAACAGGUACCUAAAGGUCAAGCUUUUUAAAAGAUGGUUAUGUAUGUUGAAAAGUCUCCAGAAAGUAUAAUUUAAUGAUAAUAGCUUUUUCAUGACAACUGUUUCCUUGAAAAAGUAGAACAGACGGUGAUGCAAGGCAUCACAAUUUUUAAAUAUUGCAUAAGUAAUUUUAAAUUGUUUUUAAAAUGAAAAACCUAAAAGUUAUGUAGUCAUAUUUUAAAAUUUCUUAUUAAUUUCUUAUGUCGUAGACAGAAAUACUCAUGUGAUUGACUGAUUAUAAGUUUUAGUCAGAAAUAUGUUUGUGUCAGUAUAAUGUAGAUGAGAAAGUAUUAUGAUGUUGUCUUAAUUUUUGCUGGUCUUUGCAAAUAUACAGACUGAAAAUUGUGCAGUGUUGAAAACUCUGCAAAGCAACAUCUCUCAAUUUAACAUAAUAAUUGUAGUGAUUUCUGUGCAACCUGUCUUGAAAGAUAACUAAGCUAUGUCGUCUCGGUGACGAGUGAAACCUCUCGUUAUCUAUACUCAUUAUGUAUACUAUACUCUCUUUCUAUUCAACACUUUUGGUAAAGUUCUAUCCUGCAAACUUUGCCCAGCAACAUGUUUUGAUUGAACAUAAUAAUUGUGUAUAUUCGUUUAACGGGUCUGAUUUUACCAGCAGAAUCUCGCUUACUGUUUACAGACAUGACCAGGCUGUUGUAUACUCGGGUCUGAGGACCGAGACACGAAGUGCACGAGAUGCUAGUGUCGAGUAGUGGAAACAUUUGUGUCAGAAUUUUAUUGUUAAAGACCCUAGAAUCGAGUAAACAGUUACAAAAGAACAAGAAAACUGUAUUUGAAAUGAUACUCCUCCAUCAAGUUCAUUGUACACUAUUUAAUACUCAUAUUUAAGAAAUUGACAAAAGAAAUCUGAUUUUGCAGUUCAAACUGCAUCUUGUCAGUCACUGGAUUGUUUCCCAUUCUUCAGGAACUGAAGCUUCACUUUUUCAGUAUGUAAACAUUCAGUCAGUAACGACUUAUUGUAAUGCCUCAUCGAGUGCAACAAUAUAUCUCCAAUGGCCUGUGUGCUAUUGGCUCAAAGUUAUGAAUGUUUUGAACGAGUGAGUGUAUGUAUUUCAUAACGAUAUGAAAUCUACAACGACCUACAGCAACGCCGUCGACUUUUCUGUCCCUGAAUAAAUUUUUGAAGGUG